AUGUCGAUGGCCAACGCGAACAAGGCUAUGCGCAAUGUGCGCAUUAUGCGAGACGUGAAAGCUCGCAAGGGCGUCCUCAACAACGAAGUCGCUCGGCGAGCUUAUCUAUAUGUCGCUCGCAAUACUACUCUCCCGCCACAAGUUCGCCACCAGGCGCAACUCCAACUGAAUACUUUCGACAAGUACUCCCGUCCCACCACCGUCAAAAACCGCUGUUCAGAAACGGGUCGAGGGAGGGGUAUCAUCAGCGAAUUCGCGUUAUGUCGUUUCCAAUUCCGAUUACGAGCGUUACAUGGUGAACUGAAUGGUGUCCGCAAAGCUUGCUGGUAA